AUGAUCAUCAUCCGCUCGUUCGACGUCAAUAGGCCUGGCGAGGAGGUGGUCGACCUCAAGGGUGGCGUAGCUGGCGGCUCCAUCCUCAAGGGUGUAUUGAAGAUGGGGGACGAGAUUGAAAUUAGACCUGGCAUCGUCACCAAGGAGAUGGACAACGUGCAGUGUCGUCCAAUCAAAAGCCGCAUCAUGUCGCUCCUCGCUGAGAAGAACGCCCUGCAGUUUGCCGUCCCCGGCGGCUUGAUCGGCGUCGGCACCAAGAUCGACCCCAAGCUCACCCGUGCAGACAAGCUGGUGGGCCAUGUGCUUGGCCACCCGGGCAAGCUCCCAAGUAUCUACAUUGAGAUCGAGGUGAAGUUCUACCUGCUGCGGCGGCUGCUUGGCGUGAAGACAGAUGGUGACGGCAAGGCGGGCAAGGUCGCGAAGUUGAAGAAGGGCGAGAUCCUGAUGGUGAACAUCGGGUCCACGGCAGCCGGCGGAAGAGUACUUGGCAUUAAGGAUGACAACGACUAUGCUAGGAUCGCUCUCACCCACCCUGUUUGCACGCAGGAGAACGACAAGGUGGCGCUGAGCCGAAGGAUCGACAAGCACUGGCGGCUCAUCGGCUGGGGCAGCAUCGUGAAGGGCGCAACCAUCAAGCCACUGAGCGAUUAG